GCUGCUUCCUUCCAACAUGGCGAUGGAAGGCCGGUAAUGGGGGAGCUUGGUGCUCGGCACAGGAACACUCCAGCUCCGGUUACACCGAGCUGCUCGCCGUUCCGCCGGCAUCGGCGGCACCCUGUGCUGCCCCUCUCUGCUUUUUGCUCGAUCGGGCAGGUCUCAAGGCGGGGUGGCAAAGAAAAAGAAAGAACAGCGAAUAAAUUAAUAAUAAUCGGAAAAUCCAGCAGGAGAGAGAGUGGGGGGAGAGCCCCGGGCCGCUUUUGAGGGGCCAGCGCGUCAUGUAUGAAGGGAAAAAGACGAAAAACAUGUUUCUCACCAGGGCGCUUGAGAAGAUUCUGGCGGAUAAGGAGGUGAAGAAGGCGCAUCACUCUCAGUUGCGCAAAGCAUGCGAGGUGGCACUGGAGGAAAUAAAAUCAGAAACAGAAAAACAAAGUCCUCCCCAUGCAGAAGCAAAAGCUCUAUCUGGGACUUUACCCCCAGUCAAAUCAAAGGCAAAUUUCAUUGAAGCAGACAAAUAUUUUCUCCCUUUUGAGUUGGCAUGCCAGUCGAAGUGUCCCCGCAUAGUCAGCACAUCUCUUGACUGUUUACAGAAACUAAUUGCUUAUGGCCAUCUCACUGGUAAUGCCCCAGAUAGUACAACACCUGGCAAGAAAUUAAUUGAUAGAAUCAUAGAAACUAUAUGUGGAUGUUUCCAAGGCCCACAAACAGAUGAAGGUGUACAACUCCAGAUAAUUAAGGCUUUGCUAACUGCUGUGACAUCUCAGCACAUCGAAAUACAUGAAGGAACUGUGUUGCAGGCUGUAAGAACAUGUUACAAUAUCUACUUGGCCAGUAAAAAUUUAAUAAAUCAAACCACAGCCAAGGCAACAUUAACACAGAUGUUGAAUGUUAUAUUUGCACGAAUGGAAAACCAAGCACUGCAGGAAGUGAAACAAAUGGAAAAGGAGAGACUUCGGCAACAGCAUCACCUCCAGCAGGCUCCUGUGAACCAGUAUGAACCUGAAUCCCCACAACUGAGUCGACUUGAGGAGCAGCCAGUCCUUGAGCUGGCUCAAAUACCUGAAAUAGAAUCAGACCAUAUCAAUGAGGUUGAUAAACCUAUUCAGGAAGAUGCAGAGCCAGAAAAUGGAACUGACAUUUGUAAUGCAGAAAAUGAACAAACGGAAGUUGACCAAGCCACUGCAGCAAAAAGUUUUGAAAAAGGGAUUGCAGGCAGCAGUCAUGGGGAGGGUCUUGAAUUUGAGGAUAAUGUACAGGAAAUUGUACAGAACAUUCUACAAGAAUUGGUGACCACAGUUGGAGGACCUCUCCCUACUACGCAUCUAGGAGGAUGGAACGAUGUGGGAUUUGGACCUCCCCACUACCAUCCUCAGUGCUGCUGUGAUUGGCCAGUAAAAAGUUCAAUUGAAGAUUUGGAAGAGAAACCAAGUUGUUCUGAAAAUAAUUCUGGCAUCAUAGAUGAAGAAGCACCAGUAGUCAAUGAAGCAGACAGCGUUCAUUCCAAUGGAAUUCCAGGGACACCAAUCUCCAUGUCAUAUGCUCCAUCUCUGCCUGAUGACAGAUUGUCAGUUUCAUCCAGUGAUACUCAGGAAUGUGGAAUCACCCCAGGAGGUCCUUCUAGUGCUAAGUUCUCUCAUAUUCUACAGAAAGAUGCUUUUUUGGUCUUCAGAUCAUUAUGUAAGCUCUCCAUGAAACCACUUUCUGAUGGUCCCCCUGAUCCAAAGUCUCAUGAAUUGAGGUCAAAGAUCCUUUCACUACAGUUACUUCUGUCAAUUUUACAAAAUGCCGGACCAAUCUUUCGAACAAAUGAGAUGUUCAUCAAUGCAAUUAAGCAAUAUCUUUGUGUAGCCUUGUCAAAAAAUGGUGUGUCUUCUGUACCAGAAGUAUUUGAAUUGUCACUUUCCAUCUUCCUCACUCUCUUGUCAAACUUCAAGACUCACCUGAAAAUGCAGAUUGAGGUAUUCUUCAGAGAAAUAUUUCUUUAUAUAUUGGAAACUUCUACAAGUUCAUUUGAUCAUAAAUGGAUGGUAAUACAAACUCUGACCAGAAUAUGUGCAGAUGCGCAAAGUGUGGUGGACAUUUAUGUAAAUUAUGAUUGUGACUUAAAUGCUGCAAACAUCUUCGAAAGAUUGGUUAAUGACUUGUCUAAAAUAGCCCAAGGACGAGCUGGUCAUGAACUGGGAAUGACCCCUGUUCAGGAACUCAGUCUUCGGAAGAAGGGCUUGGAGUGUUUGGUUUCAAUUUUGAAGUGUAUGGUGGAAUGGAGUAAAGAUCUAUAUGUGAAUCCAAACUCGCAGACCAGUCUUGGCCAAGAAAAAUCUUCAGAGCAAGACAGCAAUGAAAGCAAGUAUCCUGACACGAUAAAUCGAUAUGGGAGUAUCAAUUCAUUGGAUUCCACAGCAUCAUCAGGCAUUGGCAGCUAUAGUACCCAGACUUCUGGUGCAGACAACCCAGAACAGUAUGAAGUUUUGAAACAGCAGAAGGAAAUCAUAGAACAAGGGAUUGACCUAUUUAAUAAGAAACCAAAAAGAGGAAUACAGUAUCUCCAAGAGCAAGGAAUGCUUGGCACGACACCUGAUGAUAUUGCCCAAUUUCUACAUCAAGAAGAACGAUUAGAUACGACACAAGUGGGUGAAUUUGUAGGAGAUAAUGACAAGUUUAAUAAAGAAGUCAUGUACGCAUACGUGGAUCAGUUGGACUUCUCUUCGAAAGAUUUUGUGUCAGCUCUCCGUAUGUUUUUGGAGGGUUUCCGUCUGCCGGGAGAAGCUCAGAAAAUUGACCGAUUAAUGGAAAAAUUUGCAGCCAGAUAUCUGGAGUGCAACCAAGGACAAACACUUUUUGCAAGUGCAGACACUGCAUAUGUCUUAGCAUAUUCUAUCAUUAUGCUGACAACAGAUCUUCACAGCUCACAGGUGAAGAAUAAAAUGACAAAAGAUCAAUAUAUUAAGAUGAAUAGAGGAAUUAAUGACAGCAAAGAUCUGCCAGAAGAAUAUUUGUCAGCCAUCUAUGAUGAAAUAGCAGGAAAGAAAAUUUCAAUGAAAGAAACGAAGGAGCUAACAAUCAAAUCCUCCAAACAGAAUGUAGCUAGUGAAAAGCAAAGAAGACUUUUAUAUAAUUUGGAGAUGGAACAAAUGGCUAAAACUGCUAAGGCUCUCAUGGAGGCUGUUAGCCAUGUACAGGCGCCUUUCACUAGUGCUACGCACCUGGAUCAUGUUAGGCCAAUGUUUAAACUGGCUUGGACACCCUUUUUGGCAGCUUUCAGUGUGGGUUUACAAGACUGUGAUGAUACCGAGGUUGCCUUUCUUUGCCUGGAGGGCAUACGCUGUGCCAUCCGUACAGCCUGUAUCUUCAAUAUUCAGCUUGAAAGGGAUGCCUACGUGCAGGCCCUUGCACGAUUUACUUUAUUAACAGCAAGUUCUGGUAUCACUGAAAUGAAACAAAAGAACAUUGAUACUAUCAAAACUCUCAUCACUGUGGCUCACACAGAUGGCAACUAUCUUGGGACCUCCUGGCAUGAGAUUUUAAAAUGUAUUAGUCAGUUGGAACUGGCUCAGUUAAUAGGUACAGGAGUAAAAGCACGUUACAUUUCUGGAACAGUUCGAGGCAGAGAAGGAUCCGUUUCUGGAGCCAGAGAUCAAGCUGCUGAUGAAUUUCUGGGCCUUGGAUUGGGCACAUUGGUUGGUGGGACUGUGGACCGAAAGCAGAUAGCCAGCAUCCAGGAAUCCAUUGGUGAGACAAGCUCUCAGAGUGUUGUUGUAGCAGUAGACAGGAUCUUUACAGGAUCAACAAGAUUGGAUGGAAAUGCUAUUGUUGAUUUUGUGCGCUGGCUUUGUGCUGUGUCCAUGGAUGAGUUAGCCUCACCAACGCAUCCAAGAAUGUUCAGCCUUCAGAAGAUAGUUGAAAUAUCAUAUUACAACAUGGGUCGAAUCAGACUGCAGUGGUCCAGAAUUUGGGAGGUUAUAGGAGACCAUUUUAAUAAGGUUGGCUGCAAUCCCAAUGAAGAUGUUGCCAUUUUUGCUGUAGAUUCUCUGAGGCAAUUGUCAAUGAAAUUCCUGGAGAAAGGUGAACUUGCUAAUUUCAGGUUUCAGAAAGAUUUCUUAAGACCUUUUGAGCACAUAAUGAAAAAGAACAGAUCUCCAACAAUCAGAGAUAUGGUAGUCCGUUGCAUUGCACAAAUGGUUAAUUCUCAGGCCGGUAAUAUUCGUUCUGGAUGGAAGAAUAUUUUCUCUGUGUUUCACCUAGCAGCCUCAGAUCAAGAUGAGAGUAUAGUUGAGCUAGCAUUCCAAACUACAGGACACAUUGUCAUGAAUGUAUUUGCAAAGCACUUCCCAGCAACAAUAGAUUCCUUUCAAGAUGCAGUGAAAUGUUUGUCAGAGUUUGCCUGCAAUGCUGCUUUUCCAGAUACGAGCAUGGAAGCAAUUCGUCUCAUUCGUCACUGUGCAAAAUAUGUGUCUGAGAGACCACAGGCUUUCAGAGAAUACACAAGUGAUGAUAUGAAUGUUGCUGCUGAAGACAGAGUAUGGGUGAGAGGAUGGUUUCCAAUUCUGUUCGAGUUAUCAUGCAUAAUUAACAGAUGCAAAUUAGAUGUAAGAACUAGGGGAUUAACUGUGAUGUUUGAAAUAAUGAAAACUUACGGUCAUACUUUUGAGAAACAUUGGUGGCAAGAUCUGUUUAGGAUUGUUUUCAGGAUCUUUGACAAUAUGAAACUUCCAGAACAACAGACUGAGAAAGCUGAAUGGAUGACCACCACUUGUAACCAUGCACUUUAUGCUAUCUGUGAUGUAUUUACUCAGUACUUUGAAGUACUGAAUGAUGUCCUAUUGGAUGAUAUUUUUGCACAGUUGUACUGGUGUGUGCAGCAAGAUAACGAACAACUCGCACGAUCUGGAACUAAUUGUCUGGAAAAUGUUGUUAUUCUGAAUGGAGAAAAAUUUUUACCAGAAACAUGGGACAAAACUUGCAAUUGCAUGUUGGACAUCUUCAAGACCACUAUUCCUCAUGCUUUAUUAACAUGGCGACCCUCACAGUCUGAAGGUGACUCUCCGAUGCAAAAUGAAGCUGGCGAAAAGCAAAUGGAUGCUGUUUCUCAAAAGUCUGUGGAUGUCCUAAGUAAGGGUGAAGAUCAGCUAUCUGUGACCAGCACAGAAAAGAAUCCUUUAGACUGGCGUCAGAGCCAGUUUAGUCUUGGAUCCAAUGCCAGUGACGAUGCUGCUAAAUCUAAGACGUCAUCAAAAGUACAAGAGCAAAAAUUGUUUGCUGCACUCCUCAUCAAAUGUGUCGUCCAGCUGGAAUUAAUUCAGACAAUCGACAAUAUUGUGUUCUUUCCUGCAACCAGCAAAAAGGAGGAUGCUGAGAACUUGGCAGCAGCUCAGAGGGAUGCAAUAGAUGCUGAUGUGCAUGUUGAAAAGCAAGACCAAGGAAUGUAUCAUUAUUUAACUUCAAAACAACUUUUCAAACUGCUUGACUGUCUAUUGGAAUCUCAUCGAUUUGCCAAGUCCUUUAAUUCCAAUAAUGAACAGAGAACUGCACUAUGGAAAGCAGGUUUCAAAGGCAAGUCAAAGCCCAAUCUUUUAAAGCAAGAGACCAGUAGCAUUGCUUGUGGCUUGCGUAUCCUGUUUCGUAUGUACACAGAUGAAAAUCGUAGUGAUGCCUGGGCGGAAGUUCAGCAUCGAUUAUUAAAUGUUUGCAGUGAAGCUCUCAGCUACUUCCUCACACUUACCUCAGAAAGUCAUCGAGAAGCCUGGACAAAUCUCUUGCUACUAUUUUUAACUAAAGUCCUUAAAAUAAAUGAUGAAAGGUUCAAGGCCCAUGCAUCAAGGUACUACCCCCUUUUGUGUGAAAUUAUGCAGUUUAAUCUGAUUCCUGAAUUGAGGGCUGUUCUACGGAAGUUUUAUCUCCGCAUUGGUUUAGUCUUUAAAAUAUCUCAUCCUUCAGAGCAAGAGCAUGAAUGCACCAACAAGGAAUGAUAACCGAUCUUAGCUGAGGCAUUCUUGUCUAUAAAUCGGAAAAGGACCAGACAUUUUGCCUACUUUGAUUCUCUCCUCCUGCCUCGAUCCUCCUUGAUCUUUUUGUAAAGGAUGGUGCUUAAAUCUGUUGAUUUAACCUGCCUAAAGAUGUGGAUAAGUGAACUGUGAACUAAGUUCAAACUGAUUUAUUUUAUUGAAUUAAUUAUCUGAAGAUAUAGACUGAAUGCUGACACACGCUGAGCAUGGAAUCGUCACAUAUUGAAAUGUUAUUUGUGUCGAGAAGAAUGCUGAGACUCAGAUGGAACAUAAAGAGGAUACAGUGAACGUCCUAUAAUGGAGAAAUAUUUAAAUGAGUACUGUGGUUUGACAAUGAGUAAUAUAUAUGCUGUAAGGGAAAUAUAAUCUUGUUGCAUCUUACAGGCAGGUUAGAAAGUAAAAUUAAUUUUGAGUUUCUUACUCUAGCAGGUCUCUUGAGCAUUAUUUAGUAACUAUUUUUUGUUUGCACAGCUCAAGAUCUUUAGUUAUAAUGACCAUCCUUCUGUGAAAUCUGUUGUACAGAGAUACAAAUCUGUAAAAUACAAUUUUAACACUAUAUAGUUCUUCCAGAAUGAAUUUCUUUUAUUUCAUUAUUUUCUGUUAAUUUGUUGGAGUCACUGCAAUUUUGUUGUUCAUUGUAUGCACUGGGUUGUUUUUGCUUUUGGCUUUUGUGAAUAUUUUACAAUUUUCUUUAAUAUUGCUCAUGCAGAUGCAUUGGACCCUGGGAGCUAUGUGCUUAAUUGUUAGUGAAAGGAGGCACUAAGGCCAUUACAUUAAUACAUUUAGUGAAAUGGUUACCCUGUCAAUAAAGAUGAGCUUUCCCUACCUGUAUAUUACAGAUUGGGGCCUAUUAUUUAAACAAAAUGAUUGAUCCUGUCAACUGGAACUUGAAUCAUUGCAGGUUGAUCUGAGGUGCAUCUGCACUGACAAAACUGUGUCCAUGUUUAAUGUAGGUUCUACUGUCUAUGUAUAAAAUUGAUGUUAAAUUAAAUAUAUUGAAUAAUGAGUCAGUUUUGGGGCUUGGGAUGAUGAAAUAUAUUGAAAUCUAAUUAUUAAGAGGCUGUGAACGGGGCUUUAAUUAAAAAAAAAGUGGAUACAGGAGUUCCAAGCAUUCCUCGUCACUAUGGAUGUAGAAAAUAAAUAUUUGGAGAAGGAUGAAAUAUAUAUGGUACAGACAUGUAAAGUUUUCUAUGUAAAAAAAUGUACAACUUUCUGUACAAUAUUGGUUAUCAUCUGGCGUAUUCUAAUCAGGUCAUAGCUCAAUAAAGUUUUGAACUCUCUUUUA